CACAAUUCCACAAAGCAACACGCUCCAUCCCAAACAAAACUCACUCGUAGCGCGAAACACGAAGCUUCUCCGACGAGAUGGCCUCCGAGCUGGCCGGCAAGACGACCGCCAAGGUCGCCACGGCGACGGCGACGGUAGCGGAGCCCGUGACGAGGGCGUACGUGACGUUCCCGGCGGGCGACGACGGGGAGUGCUGGAAGGUCGUCGUGCGGCUGGCCAAGGACCUGCGCAAGGUCGCCGCAGCGUACCCGCUGGUGGUGGCCGUGCUGCCGGACGUGCCGGAGUCCCACCGCAGCAUCCUCGUCUCCCAGGGCUGCAUCGUCCGCGAGAUAGAGCCCGUGUACCCACCCGAGAACCAGGCCCAGUUCGCCAUGGCGUCGUCCUACGUCGUCAACUACUCCAAACUCCGCAUCUGGGAGUUUGUGGAGUACGAGAGGAUGGUGUACCUGGACGCGGGCAUCCAGGUGCUCGAGAACAUCGACAUGCUGUUCGAGCUGGAGGAGGAGCACUUCUAUGCCGCGACGGACGGCUUCUGCGACGAGAAGAUGAGCCACACCCCGCAGUACAAGAUCAGCUUCUGCAAGCAGUGCGCCGACAAGGUGGGGUGGCCGCCGGCGCCCUACUUCAAAACCGGCGUCUUCUUGCACGAGCCCAGCAUGGCCACCGCCAAGGCCCUGAUGGACACCCUCCGCGUCACGCCGCCUGCCUGCUUCGCGGAUCGCCCGGGGGAAGAGAAUUUGCCACCAUUCGGCAGCCGGCUGACAACCAAGUUGGCGGUGUUCGCCCGCGGGAACGUCCCGGCCCUGGCGACCCUCGCUGCCUCUUCCGCUGCCGUCGGAGUGGUCACCAGUGCUGCCAAUCCGGCGAUCUGUUUCGGAUUCUACGCUCUGCUCAUCGCGGCGGUUGUUGCUAUCAUGUUCUCGCUUCGCGGCAUAUGAGUGGUGAUGGAUCACUGGUCUCUGAGAUAAAAGCAAGCUUUUAGUUGAAAGUUUGUAGAAGGGAGGGACUCAGCCCUUCUUCCGUGUGCAUGGCAAAUAAAAAUCGCUUUGUUUUUGA